AUGAACAAACUACAGGACAUCUCAGAGCUGGACAAGCUAGAAGUCCUUCCCUCCCUGAUUGAGCUGUCAGUUGUAGGGAAUCCUGUGGCCCGGAGAUCCCUCCAUAGGCCGGCAGUGGUACUACGCCUCUCCAGACUUCAGGUUCUGGAUGGGGUGAUGGUCACCCUGGAGGAGAGGACCAGGGCUGAGCUACUCUGCACAGAGGUCCAGUGCCCAAUGGCUCAUGGAUCCAGCAUGGAUAUGAACCUGCCUGGCCUGCUUCCCCUCAUGUCCCGGACUGCCCCUCUGCGGGGGACCAGUCUGAGUGGAGGACUGCAGCUGCAGCACUUCCUGGGUCAUGAGAUCCUGAUGCCCUGCAACUUGGAUGAAGCACUGCCCCAUGACACGCCCAAACACAAGAAGCAAAAACACAGCAGCGCUGCCCACCACACCCGCAGUGCCCAGGCAGAGAUGACCUUUAGGCAGAUCAGAGGAAUGGCAAGUACCCUGCCAUCCACCGGCCUCCUUCCUAACGGGUACAGGGUCCUGAUUACCAACCUCGAGCAGGACAGCAGAUACCAGAGUGGUGGUGCUCCUAAACCCCCACCCAUGUAG